GGCACUUUAGUUAAAUUAAAAUAAAUAUGUGUGCCAUUUUGUGCACUCGAAAACAGUGCAAUGCGUACGCUCUUGUACAAAACAGUUGACAGAUUUGACGGAUUUCAUGGAACUCAAGCAGCAUGUAGAACCGACGCGUGACGACAUCUUGGACCAGCUCCGAAAGCGCGAAUUGUACGUGCCGAAUGCGGAGUGCUUGGCAAUGGAACAGCUGCUGCAUAUCUACAACUCUUUCAUCAUACCGCAUCCGCAACGGGAGCGGCGUGAGCGACGGCGCACGCAGACUGAGACGCAGCCAAAGCCCGCCAAUCGAUGCGCGCCUGAGGAAUUUGAACAGCUGAUGAAGCGCUCCAAUGGUCCAGUGGUCUGCGUGGCCAGUGAGAAACGUCCCAUCGAACUAGCCACAGGAUCCCCUGGGCACCUGCUCAACUGCCCACGAAAGCGUAUCAAAAUUGAGCUGAAACAGUGACCUCACCCCUCCUCCAUUCUCGCAUGUGACUCAGUCGACGGCUUAUCAGUUGUGCUGCU